AUGACUAUUAAAGGAGCUGUCACAGAUGCAAAUCCUAUCAUUGCACCAGUAGAGGCAACAAAACGAGAGUUUACAUACUCUGAGAUCCUCCAGAUCACCAACAAUUUAAAGAGGAUUCUUGGCAAAGGUGGAUUUGGAACAGUUCAUCAUGGAUGCAUGGACAAAACUCAAGCAGCUGUCAAGAUGCUUUCACCAUCUUCAGUUCAAGGGCUUCAACAAUUUCAUGCUGAGGCACACGUUAAUCUUGUGAUGAGAGUUCAUCAUAUUAACUUGACAAGCCUUGUAGGAUAUUGCAAUGAUGAAAACCACACAGGGCUUGUGUACGAGUACAUGGAAAAUGGAAACUUACAAGCAUAUCUAUCAGGUUGUAUUAUGUAUGUAUUGCAAAUGUUUCAUAAUGGUAUUCCAGUACGAAGGAACUUCCUAACUCCUAAGGUAAGCACAGAGCAUAAUGGUAUUAGGGCAUGA